AUGAUACUAAUAUAUCUGGAUUUUGUGAAUAUACCAAUUACUGAAUAUACGGAAGCUAUUGACGAACGUACAUAUGAUGAUCUUAAAAAAUUAGAAGAAUUGUAUGAAAAAUUUUAUAUUUUUAAAAAAAAUUCUUCAACUCACGAUAAUGUCCCUUGUAAAAAUGGUGUAAUAUGUGCCCAAGAAUAUAAGAAUCACGAGAGUACAUGUAAGGGGAAUGGUAACAAUAGAUUUUGUAAAGAAUUAGAAAACUUUCGAGGUCAAUUUAAUAAUCAUCUUAAAUCCAAAAUCGAGUGCAAUCACAUAGGUGAAUUACCAUCCUUUCAAGGAUCUUCACUAGCUGCUACCAUUUCAAUCCCAGUUUCUGUAAUGUCAGUAAUAUCUUUCUUUACAUUUGUUUCGUAUAAGGUGGGUAAUUUUUUUGUACAAAAGUGA